AUGGAUGCUUUAAUAUGGGAUAACAACCCUGACGCUCAUCGAUUCGCCGAAGCUGCUGUGAAGGCCCUUUUGGCUUCUUUUCCAGGUGUCGGUAAUCAGAAUGUACGGAAAGACCGUAAAAGGCAAGGCAAAGGACCUUCAGUGCUGGAAAUUGGUUGCGGUACUGGCGUCUUCAGUCUCCGACUGCUUCCUUACGUGGGCUCAAUUUUGGCCGUGGAUGUUUCGCAUCCUAUGAUUCAAGUACUUCGACUCAAAAUUGCAGAAAUGUGUAACCCAACAGAGCGAAAGCAUAUCGCACCUCUCUGCUUGUCUGUAGAGGACCCAGAAGAUCCUGCAUUGCCACCAGGCCAAGGUGGAAAGCGCAAGAAGUUUGAUCUAGUGACAGGACAUUUGUUGCUACAUCAUGUGGCAGAUCACAAAGCUCUUCUGGAGACUAUGUUUGGUUGCUUGAAACCUGGUGGUCGCUUGGCAUUGACGGAUUUUGCAGACUUCGGCCCUGAAGCGCGGCUAUUUCACCCCGAAGGUAAAAUGGGUGAUGUCGAGCACGAUCAAGGGGUGAAUCCCAAGGCAAUUGAAAAGUUAAUGCGGCAGGUUGGAUUCGAAGAAACGAACGUAUCAGUUGCUUGGACGUCAGAGAAAGAGGUCGAGCGAUUCCCCGGGGAGUGGGGCCCCAAAGGACUGCAAAAACCUGAGUCGGUUCGGACGAUGGAGUUCUCCUUUGUGUUGUGCAGUGGGAGGAAGCCCAAAGAUUCGAGCAAGUACAGUGACUAUUCUAGCGGAAGUGAGCCAGUCUUGUAUCAUGAUCGUACAAGAACACAGUAG